GUGUCCAUUGUUAUUGAAAUGAGCUGAACAGAGGGAGUUGAGGAAGAUCAGCCAAAGCUGGGGAGCUACACAGUGCACACACAGGAGCAGGCGCAGGGUGGCCGCGGGGUAAAACUUCUCACCACGCACACAGACUUAGGGUAAAUCGCAACAGUUUGAGGAUCGGGUCGGACUCCUGGACUCCGCUAUGGGCUGCUGAAGGGGCCGAUGCUCGCUGGAUAGUCUGAUGAAACUUGUGAAUUGUAGGCGAGGAAGACAUUUCUAAACAUCAGUUUUCUGAACAUUUAUCCUGUUAUCCUGUAAAAAAAAAUAGCUUUUGGGGGUAUUCCUACCGACUAAGUUGCAGGGACAUUGCGGAUUAUACUUUCAUCCAAAAAAAAGAGAGAAAAGAACAAGAACAAGAGGCGAGAGCACGCAAGGAAGGCAACUGGUUCCGGUCCGUUUCCGGUCUGUUUCCGGUGAGGUUUACCUGCUGAGAGCAUGAGCCAGGCGGACGUGAGCUGCUCGGCGCGUCAGCGCGUCUUCCAGGAAGCCCUGCGCAAAGGCAACACGGCGGAGCUGCACUCUCUGCUGCGCGGCAUGACCAACUGCGAGUUCAACGUGAACUCGUUCGGACCCGAGGGUCAGACGGCGCUGCACCAGUCCGUCAUCGACGGAAACCUCGAGCUGGUCAAGUUGCUGGUGAAGUUCGGCGCAGACGUGCGCCUGGCGAACCGGGAUGGCUGGAGCGCGCUGCACAUGGCGGCUUUCGGAGGCCACCAGGACAUCGCACUCUACCUCAUCACGAGGGCCAAGUACUCAUCCGGAGCGCUCUGAGAAAAGCAAGAAAAUGCAGAAAAAAGCCGGACAUUAGAGCAGUUUUUUUCUUUCUUAAACCUGGUCCUGGAGUGAAGCCCUAAUCUAGAGCCGCACGAUAUAUCGCUUGUUCAUUUUUUUUUUUAACGCGAUCAUAGCUUUUGCGAUACUUAAUAAUCAUAAUAAUCUGCCCAGAUCGGAAUGACCGUUUAUACACUCAUCUCAAUCACAUGAAAGCAUUCAGAAUAUCAAGCAAUGGUCAUUUAGGACCAAUAAUUCUAUGUAAUCAACUCCAUUACAACAGAUUAAUCUAUCAGGUGGUUAUUUUCAUCUGAGCAGGAUUUUAGAGUAACACAACGCAAUGUGGUAAGACAGGCUGCAGCAUUCGAAAAGAAAACUUUAGAAACUUUUACCAAACCAUCUUGUGACCACCCUCAGAAGAUGAGAGUUUCUCCAACAGAGGUAACACCGUGCCAUAUCAGUGGUUCACCAAUGUGUGUGUGGGUUUUUUUUUCUAUGUAUUGCAAUCACAAAAUGUAGCAAUAUGUGUAUAUAUAUAUAUAUAUAUAU